UCUUUUCCUUUUUUCCCCUUCGGAAUCUCUUCGGUAACCCCCACGCCCGUCUCUCCAUGGAAUGUAUGCAGUGAUGCCGAAUCGGGGUGGCGUGUUCUCCACGGGCAAUUCCGUCCCCCAGACGGGACCCUCUUUUUCUCCUCCAUUUUCUUCAGUCUGGGGUCACCCCAAAAAUUCAUCCCGGUUUUUGCUGGCCCGUUCGCUUAUACUUAAGUCUUUUCUGCAUCCCGACUUGGCUCUACUCUGGUUUCCCCCCGGCUUUUCUACUUCUCCCCUUGCUUUCUUUUUUUUCUCUUGAAUUGAAGUUUCUCUCUCAUUCCUCUCUCACUAAGUGACCAUACUUUCUGGGAUUCUGGUCCUUCUAUACACCCCCGCGGCCAAUUCAUAUACAUCCACUCAUCCCAUCCUCGCCCUUCAACAGGCCCUCUUCCUCCACUAGAGAGACAACAUGUCUCCUCGGACCUCCUACGAUCCCGAGCGGGACCUCGACAAGAGCCAUGUUGACAACGUCGAGAUCGUUCCCGACGCCGUGGCCAACGCCGACAAGCCCAAUCCCCAGAAAGAGGCCCCCGCCUAUGUCGCCAGUCUGUCGCCCGAGGAGCGGGAGAAGGCCGAACGGGCUCUCGUCCGCAAGAUCGACCUGCGUUUACUGCCCAUGCUCAUCAUCAUGUACAUCCUCAACUACUUGGACCGGAACAAUAUUGCGGCUGCCAAAUUGGCCGGUCUCGUGGAAGAUCUGAACCUGGUCGGAGUCCAAUACCAGACCUGUGUCAGUAUUUUGUUUGUGGGUUACUUGUUGAUGCAGAUUCCGUCCAAUCUGCUGCUCAACAAGAUCGGUAAACCCGCCCUCUACCUCCCGGGCUCCAUGCUGCUUUGGGGUAUUAUCUCGACGUGCACGGCUGGAGCCCAGAGUUAUGCGGGCCUGGUUGUUGUUCGCUUCUUUUUGGGUUUCGUGGAGGCGGCUUAUUUUCCUGGAUGUCUUUACUUCUUGAGUGCCUGGUAUACCCGCAAGGAACUGGGUUUCCGUACCGCCGCGCUGUACUCUGGUUCUCUGCUUUCGGGUGCCUUCUCUGGUCUCAUCGCUGCGGGAAUCACGAAUGGCAUGGACCACAAAAUGGGUCUUCGGUCAUGGCGCUGGCUCUUCAUUAUUGAGGGAGCCAUUACCAUCGUCGUCGCUUUCGCCUCCGUCUUCAUUCUGCCUAACUUCCCCCGUACCACCGGAUGGCUCACUGAGGAGGAGAAGCAGCUGGCUGCUUGGCGUCUGGAGGAAGAUAUCGGCGAGGAUGAUUGGGUCGAUAGCGAGCAGCAGACCUUCCUGCAUGGUGUCAAACUGGCGUUCACUGACAUCAAGACCUACUUGCUGAUGCUUCUCAUUCUUGGCAUUGUCUCCUCUGCCUCGGUCACCAACUUCUUCCCCACGGUCGUCAAGACCCUGAACUACGGCAACAUCGAGACGCUCUGUCUGACCGCCCCUCCCUACUGUCUGGCCGUCGUGUCGGCCUUCACCAACGCCUGGCACGCCGACCGGACGGGAGAACGCUACUUCCACAUCACCCUCCCGCUCUAUAUCUCCGUGGCGGCCUUCAUCCUCGCGGCCGCCACCACGAGCGUCGCUCCGCGCUACGUCGCCAUGAUGCUCAUGGUCCCGUCAUUCUACGCCAGCUACGUGGUAGCCCUCGGCUGGAUCUCGAGCACGCUGCCUCGACCGGCCUCCAAGCGUGCCGCCGCCCUGGCAGGGAUCAACUGUAUCAGUAACAUCAGCAGUAUCUACGCGAGCUACAUGUACCCCGACAGCGACGCUCCCCGAUACAUCACAGCAAUGACAGUCAACUGCGUCACAGCCUUCCUAGCCAUCCUCGCCGCCACCGCCCUCCGCUUCGUCCUCGUGCGACUGAACAAGAAGCUCGACCGCGGAGAGGGCAUCAGCGGAGGCGAGGUGCCUGGCCAGGCGAGUUCCAGGGGAUUCCGGUUCUUGGUUUAGGUGCUGCGGGUGCUGCUGCUGCUGGUGCAGACGUGUAUUUGUUUUUUUUUGCUGUUUGAUUAUGAAAAGGGAUUUUUUUUGGGGGGGGGGCUGGCUGUGCUGCUUGAUGAUGACUUCUAUGACUUAUACUACUUUAUUGAUGAUUUCUCGG